UUUUCUUUCGCCUCCCUUCUUCUUCUUCUUCUUCUUCAUCGUCGUCGUCACCAAAGUCUUAUUGAAAACUUCUCAGAAACGAAAAAAAAAAAAAAAGGAAUAAAUUUUCCAAAAAGCUUGAAACUUUCGUCCUCUGAUGGCGAAAAACUUAUAAAAUUGGAUUAAAAUUGUAGAGAGAUUGUAAAGAGAAAGGGAUUCUGAAGGAUAAAAUCAUGUCGAGAUCUCUGGUGAAACGCUUCGCUCCUUAUUUGGCUGGUCGUAUUAGAGAAAACCAUCGGUUGCUUAAUUUUUCUUCCGUUUCUGCUCUUAACGAAGCUUCUUCUUCUUCCUCUUCUCAAUCUGAUACGUCUUCUUCUCUCGAGGUUGUCCAUCUCAGCGACAAUUGUAUCCGGAGGAUGAAAGAGUUGCAAUCCAGUGAGCCGGAGAAGAAGCUGCUUCGCUUGGGUGUAGAGACGGGAGGCUGUUCUGGUUUCCAGUAUGUGUUUGAGCUUGAUAGUAAAACCAAUCAUGAUGACAGGGUUUUUGAGAAGAAUGGUGUCAAAUUGGCUGUAGAUAAUGUUUCAUACGACUUCGUGAAAGGUGCUACGGUUGAUUAUGUUGAGGAACUGAUCCGUGCUGCCUUUGUGGUAGCUGAAAACCCAGCCGCAGUAGGUGGAUGCAGUUGUAAAAGCUCCUUCAUGGUGAAACAGUGAAUCACUGAAUAUGUCUUCUUUACAUGGAGUUGAAACCACGUUUGAUCUUUUGUUUAUUACAUGUAUAAUGUCAUAACUAGGGAAAGAUACAAAACUCUGUAGGCUUCUAGCUCAACAAAUGAUUUGUUCAUCCUAUUUUUAAAGAAUAAUGGAAAGAUUUAUACAAAGAGGAAUCUUGUAUC